AUGGCGAACCUAAGCAGCGCGCUUUGCAUCGAAAACGGACAAAACGCGGACGUGUCGCUCUUACAAAAGGAUAAUCUUCAGGACGGUGGAUUAAGCCAGCUUUUGGAUUAUAACGCGGAAAUGGAAAGGUACCGGUCUUUUGCGAACUUUUACAAAACCAACGGGGCGUUCCCACAAACUGCCAAGAUCGCCCGCAUCACGACGCCCAUUUUCCCCAGCGCCAGAAUCGGCAUGUCCCCUUGGAACUGCGAUAACGCCAUGCUUUGGGGGAGGAAAUCAGCGGCAAUAAACCCUAAUAGGACCAGCAUGCAUAGAAACGACUCCCAGAGGCCGGGUAAGCCUGGCGUGCCGCCAGAGACGCUGCAAAUGGCAAAUAAUAAUUUCCUCUCUACCUUAUCCCCCGAACACUGCAGACCUUUAGCAGGAGAAUGCAUGAACAAGCUGAAAUGCGGCGCUGCCGAAGCAGAGAUAAUGAAUCUCCCCGAACGCGUUGGAACUUUUUCAGCUAUUCCGGCUUUAGGGGGCAUCUCAUUACCUCCCGGGGUCAUCGUCAUGACAGCCCUUCACUCCCCCGCAGCCUCGGCAGCCGUUACAGACAGUGCGUUUCAAAUUGCCAAUCUGGCAGACUGCCCACAGAAUAAUUCGUCGGCAUCGAGUGGAAACCCGGCAAAGAAGAAGAGGAAAAGGUGUGGGGUCUGUGCGCCCUGCAGGCGGCUAAUCAACUGCGGCGUCUGCAGCAGUUGUCGGAACCGCAAAACGGGCCACCAGAUCUGCAAGUUCAGGAAAUGCGAGGAGCUGAAGAAGAAGCCCGGCUCGUCGCUGGAGUCAGACUGGGGCUGGAACAUAUCCGAACAACCCAGCGCUUGGCUGGCCUCCAAGCGGGGCUGGGAAAUGGUUUUCAGCAGAGAGCCAUCCCUCUCGGCACCCGGUCAUUUUAACCAAUUAUGGAAACCGUCUCUGGACGGAGAGAAUCAAUAUCCCGCAAAGCCUCAGCCUCUGACCACCGAGAGAUGCUGA